UAAGGAACUAUAGGAGUAGAUAAAGGGAGUAAAAUAGACGCACAAAAUCGCGUGCUUACACCAGGGCUGAGCAAUCCUGCAAAAGAACAGGGGCAUUCCAGAUCCAAGGGACUUGAGUCUCGACAAACAUGCUACAUACCAAAGUCAAAACAGAAAAACCAGAUCUUGAGACAGCCAAUGCUCGGAACCGUCUUGACGCCGUCCUGCAGUGUCUGCUGGAAAAAACUGAUGUUGAUAGAGAACAAAUGGAAGAGGACCCCGGAAAGGCAUCAUCAGAUGUGCUCAGCAAGGUUCCUUCUCCUAUUGCUACAGGAAAGAGGCCUUCUACCCGCUUCUCCCAUCACCGCCGCAAGAAGAGGAAGGAGAUGGACGAUGGGCUCACGGAAGGGGGACCACAGAAGCAGAACACCUACAUCAUCAAGCUAUUUGAUCGAAGUGUAGACCUGGCCCAGUUCUCUGAGAACACCCCACUGUAUCCCAUCUGCCGAGCUUGGAUGCGGAAUAGUCCCAUGGUGCGGGAACAGGAGCGAUCUCCCAGCCCAAAUCUGCCUGCCCUGCUUGAGGAUGAAGAGGGUGUCGAAGUAUUAAAUGGGAAGAUCCAGGAUGUCUACAAGCUACCACCUCCUGUCCCCUGCCAGACAAACACUGCAGGGGAACCCAUUAACCUGCGUAUCCCGUUCCCGGCAGAAUCCGAAGAGGAAACAAAAGUAGCUACUGACACGUCUUCUGACGCAGUUCCUUCAAUGUCCACCCUCAUCUACAAGAACAUGGAGAGAUGGAAGAAGAUCCGACAAAGGUGGAAAGAGGCUUCGCAGAAGAACCAGUUGCGCUAUGCUGAGAGCAUGAAGAUCCUUAAGGAGAUGUAUGAACGGCAAUGAAGAGCGAGGUGCAGGAGCUCAUGUGUUCCUGGAAUCCCAUGUCUUCUGGGUUUGUCUACCAAUAAAUAUAGCUUUUCUUUCCAGUG